AUCCGCAGCUCCGUGUGGAGGUGAUACCGCAGGAGUCCGAGGCGAGUCUCUUCAGUGGCGUGAAGACGACACAGGUGUUUGUCUCCUUCCCCGAAGGCGAGAAUGUGGGAUACAUCGCCGAAAGUGCCGUCGUGGAAAGAUUACGGACGCCCAUGCGAAACAGCUUGGAGGCCCUCGUGUUCAUCCAUGGCUUCAACUGCGACUUAGCCACAGCUAUGGGUCGAAUUGCCCAAACCUUUUCUCUGGGCAACAUGGCUCCGCACAUCGUACCCUUUGUCUUCAGCUACUCAGGAGGCACGGAACUGUCCUAUUUCCAGGCCAAGGCGCAUUUCAAGGACUAUGGGUCCGAACUUGCUGAGUUUCUCCGAAGCCUCCGGGGGCACUUCAGCGAGGUGCACAUCCUGACUCAUUCCUGUGGAGCCGAGUUUCUCUUUACAAACUGGUCUUCCAUUGCAGAGUGCUUCAUGCCGUCGAGACGGAAGAGGCCAAGGGGUUAUGGCUCCAAUUUAGGUUUAGGGUUUAGGGUUGAGGGUUUAGGGUUUUAG